ACGCAAAGUGAGCGUCACUCUGACGCUCAGAUGUAGGCGCAGUUGGGCACGCGCGCAGGGAGACAGGCCCGUCGAGGAAACAGCAUUCAAACAAUAAUUAUGAAUUCAAACGUCUUGUUUUUUGCACAUAUGUAAAGAUAGACCAUUUUUUAAGCUCUCGUAUGAUAGUUGGAGCAGGUGCUAAUAAGUGCAAUCAUAUUUGCAAACAGUAGUAGCGAAAAGUACAAAGUAACCGGCUUUAUGCGAUCAGGCGGCUAGGCCUCACCUGGCCCGUUGUGUCUCGGCUCAAGCAUGCAUCCCUCCUGGGGCGCUUACGGAGGUGGACCCCAGCCUCCUCCACACUUCGGCCCGCGGCCUCAUCAGUUUAGGGGAGCACAGCCUCCAGCAGCAGGAGGAGGAGGAGGAUAUGGGGCUCCGUCUCUUCCAGCGUCGUCAAAUUUCUCUAGUUUACACGAACAGCAUUUACAGCAAAUGCAGCAGCUGCAGCAGCUCCAUCAGAAGCAGCUGCAGUCGGUGCUGCAUCACUCCGGCAACACCAGCAGCGGCAGCGGGCCUCCGUACUGGCAGACAGGCCCCAACAGCUUUCAAGAUCCGUCCGCUCCGAGAGGUCCAGCCGGCCCACCUCAGCCCCAGCUCCAGCCUCAGCCUCCGCCGCCAGACGCGCAGCCUCCAGCUCCCGAGCCUCCUUCAUCUUCAUCACCUGCAGUGAAGGCUCCAGCUCCAGCACCUCAGGUUAGCGAAGCCAGUGCAUCGUUGGCGGAUGAAAAACCCGACUUUUCGUCGAUGUCUUUGCAGGAGCAGCAGGAAUAUUGGUAUCAGCAGCACCGUCAAAAUUUGCAGAAGCUGAAAAACGAGAAGGCUAAGCAGAAUCAAAAUUCAUCUAAUGGAAGCAAUGCUCCUGCUCCACCGCCUCCAGUUGAACCCCCAAAGAGCACCCCACCACCCCCACCUCCCAAAGAGGAACCCCCUCCUCCCCCACCACCAGAGGAAUCGAAGCCCAGUGGGAUCACUGAUACAGGAGACCCAGCUGAAGCAGCACGUCUUCAGCAGCUGCAGGCGGCAGCUGCCCAUUGGCAGCAUGUACAGCAUCAAAGGGCCAGCAUUCAGUACCAGGCACUGAUGCAAGAGCAUGCUCAACUACAGCAUGUCCUGCAACAGUACCAGCAGGUUAUUCAGCAGCCAGCACAUCUACAGACAAUGCCCUUUGAGAUGCAAUUGCAACACUAUGAAAUGCAGCAACAGCGAUUUGCUCCCCUAUACCAAGAGUGGGACAGGCAUUUUAAUUUGUGGUUGGAACAGUUUCAGUCAUACCCACACAAAGACCAGCUACAUGAUUACGAAGCCCAAUGGAGACAAUGGCAAGAGCAAAUGAAUUCAACUUCAGCUCAUCUGCAAGAGCGAGUCACAUCUUUAAGAGCUAUGCAGCAUCAGUAUGGUACAGCUCCUUCAUAUGGGGGCUUAAUGGGACCAUAUGGGCAGCAUCGACUCCCUGGACCAGACGGAAACAUGCAUUUAGCUAACCGAGGGCUUCCAUCUAUGCCUCCACCAGUUAAAAUGGAUGCCAUGCCGGUGCCUUCACCACAGGUCCCACCACCAUCUGGACCGGUUAUUCCACAUGGGCCAUCACCUGCAGAACCAUUCCCCUCUCCUGGGUCAAAUUCUGUCUCUGAAACAUGUAAAACUGCUGGACCACCUGGACUAGGAGUUCGACCUCCUGGGCCCCCUGGGCCUCAUGGGCCCCCUGGGCCUCAUGGGCCUCAUGGGCCUCAAGGAAGAUUUGAUGGCCCAAGGUUUGAUGGUCCUAGAGGCCCACGGUUUGAACAGCCAUUCCAGCAACGGUUUAGUGCACCACCUAGAUUUGACGGUGGUCAGCGAUUUAACCGACCACCCAGAGGUAAUCCUCCUCACCCUGGUCCUCCAGCAAGACCCGAGAACCCCCCUAGGCUGAAUGCACCUACACGAUUUGAAAGACCCCCUGUACCUCCUCAACAACCAGGGUAUGGAGCGCAAUCCAGUCCUGUCCCUGGGGUUCAAACAAAACAAACAUCAGAAAAACCUGAUGCACCACCAGUUGCCCAAUCUCAAACAGGUCCAGAAAAAAACAAAAGUGUUCAAGAUCAAAAUAUCAAAAAAGAUGGGGCUUCCACUCGUCCAUCACUGACAGAUGACAUAUUGGACUCAGUGGAUGGAUUUUUUAUCCAGAGUGGACCCAUUCCUCAAACUAAGGAUACUGACAAUACCAUUGCUGAUACUGCAAAGCAGGAUAAGGUAAAAGAAGAUACUGCUAAACCUUCCCUACCUACAAAAAGUCCAAAUACCACCAACACAAACUCUCAGAAGCUAAGCUCACAACCAACAUUCUCUAAAACCAACAAUGUUUCUAACAGGCCACCACAACAGGCAAAGCCUCCUCAUGAUAAGUUUAAAACUGAUACACCUAAGGAGGCUCCUAGGGGGCCACAUGUGAUGAAUCAAACGGGUCCACCGCAGGUAACCAGAGGAAGGGGCCAAGGGCCAGUCCCUCUCAGAGGCAGGGGCCGUGCACGUGGCCGAGGACAAUACGGAGGACAAAUGGUUGAUCCCAACUGUCAGAGAGAAAUUAUGUCAGAAGAUCCCUAUGACCAUCAGCAACCAGAAGACAUAACGCAUGGAGAGGACCAGGAUUCGGCUUGGAGAGACCCCUCUUUGGAAGGUCCUGGAGAAAUGGAUGACCAGGAAGCACCCCAUGAGAUGUGGCAUCCAGAGGAGGAACACUUCCCUGAAGAGUACUAUAAAAUGCCUAGAGAGAGAAGACCUUCAGUGGGUCACAAGGAGCACCCAGAGACCACACAUCCAGAUGAAAACUGGGAAGAAGAACCACAAGAAUACUGGGAGGAAGAAGAUCCAUACUGGACAGAGAGAAGACCCCCUAUGUAUGGUAGACCUCCUUUUCCUCCAGGUGGCCCCAGAAAACCCCCUUUUCAUCCUCGAUUUAUGCUUCAUGGUCCAAGGCGCCCCCCUCCUCCUGGUCCCGCACAUGGACCUCCUCACAUGGGACCACGCGGGAUAAUGGGACCACGGUUCAGACGUGGUCUAGGCCCAUGGGGACCACCACCACCCCGCCAUGACAUGAUGGAGCGAGACAUGAGACCACCAGCACCUCAUGAAAUCUUAGCAAGGGAACCAGCAGGUUCUCUUGGAUAUGAAGAAGAAAUGGACAGAGAACCUGGAUGGGUUCAUCCUCGAGGGAGAGGGCUGAGACGUCCUCCUAUGCCUCCCCAUGAAAUGGAGAUAAGACGACCUCCCAUGAGACCCCCAAUCCCAAGGGAGAGGUGGCAUGUCCCUCCACCCCAUGAAGAAGAAAAUUACGAAGAAGAAUACCCAUAUGGUGCUGAGGAUGAUACGUACAGAAGGCCAACUCAUGAGUAUCAAGAUUACGAACAAGAUGAUGAGUGUUACGGUUCUCGUGAGGAAUGGGGCAGGGAACAACUUGACCAAGACUUUCCACCACGUCGCCCCCCAGAGCACAUUAGAGAGGAGCAUUGGCUAAAGGGAAGAGAAAGGUCAUUUCCAUAUGAUGAUGAGAAUCGGUAUAGAGAGGAGCGGAGAGGACCACCUUAUCAGGAAUGUGACAGGGAGCCUCCUUAUCACUCUCGUUCUGAAUGGGAAAGAAGUCCACCCCCACCAGCGAGAGAUUACUCUCAUCCAGUUGGUGAAACGGAGCCCCAUUAUGAACAUAACACAGAGCCGCUAGCUGGCCUGCCUGCACCUCAAGCUCUGGAUCCUCCACUUGAGCAAUCUUCACCUAGUGCAACUAAAACCGUACUUGCUCUUUCUCAAAGGCAGCAUGAGAUCAUUCUCAAAGCUGCCCAGGAAUUGAAAUUGAUAAGAGAGCUCCAGGAAAGCAAUAAGGUUUUGGGAGAAGCUUCAAACACGGAGUCAGCCGGGUUGCCUUCAGAACUUCCCGCUGGAAUUCUUGGAUUAGAAAUUCCACCUGAAGUUAAAAGUGCUCUGCAGGCUACCAAUUUAUUGUCAGAAACGGGACAGACUAAUCAGUCUUUGGAAGCUGGUUUGCCCUCUUCAAAUCAAUCUACAGGCUUCCUUCAUUCUUCAUCUCCUGCCCCUACAGCCUCAUUUAUUGCUAAAACAGUGGACUAUGGGCAUGGCCGUGAUGCUGGUGCAACAGUGGAAAGGAUUUCUUAUGGAGAGAGGAUUGUGUUAAGGCCUGCUCCACCGCCAUCUGAGCGAUCUUAUGAGAAAGAAUUGCUUGGCCUCAGAGACCCAUACUAUGACAGAAGAAGUGACCCAUAUGGUGGUCCCAGAGAUUAUGACAGGGAUUGGGAGAGAGAUCCGUACAGGGAGAAACCACAUCUGGAUUAUGAGAGAGACCGAUAUGAAAGGGACCGUUUCUUGCGAGAAGAUCGACCUCCACUUGGGCCUCGUCCCGGACACAGGGACAGAGAAAGAGAUCACCCAAGCCGCUCAAGCAGGGAUCGUGAGGUUUAUAACCGAACAAGCUAUGACAGGUCUUCCUAUGAAAGGAGUCUUGAGCAUUAUGACCAUGGAUCUUCAAGCUAUGGUAGUGAUCGGAGGAGCUAUCCAGAUGAGCGCCCUCCACCACCCACAUCCCUGCCCCCUUCUGCUCCUGUUGCACCUCCUCGUGUGGAGAAGAAACCAGAGACAAAGAAUGCUGAAGACAUCCUCAAACCGCCAGGUCGAUCAGCUCGGCCUGACAGGAUUGUGGUCAUCAUGCGUGGGUUACCUGGAAGUGGCAAAAGUCAUGUUGCAAAGCUUAUUAGGGAUAAAGAAGUCGAAUGCGGUGGUGCGCCACCCAGAGUUCUUGGUCUAGAUGAUUAUUUCAUGACUGAAGUAGAAAAAGUUGAGAAGGACCCUGAUUCUGGGAAGCGCGUCAAAACCAAGGUUCUUGAAUAUGAAUAUGAACCAGAAAUGGAAGAUACUUAUCGAAGCAGCAUGCUGAAGACAUUCAAGAAAACACUGGAUGAUGGAUUUUUCCCCUUCAUAAUACUGGAUGCCAUCAAUGAUAAAGUGAAGUACUUUGACCAGUUCUGGAGUGCUGCUAAGACGAAGGGUUUUGAGGUGUACUUGGCUGAAAUCACCACUGAUCACCAAACAUGUGCAAAGAGAAACAUACAUGGACGAAUACUAAAGGAUAUUACAAAGCUGGCCAGUGGCUGGGAAUCUGCACCACCACAUAUGGUACGACUAGACAUCAGGUCUCUACUGCAGGAUGCUGCGAUUGAAGAUGUGGAGAUGGAAGACUUCAACCCAUCUGAAGAAGAACCAAAAUCUGAUGUGAAACCGGAAGACGAUGACGAGACUGAUCUGGGAUACCUUCCGAAAAGCAAAUGGGAGAUGGACACAUCAGAAGCAAAGCUUGACAAACUGGAUGGUCUGGCGGGUGGAGGCAAGAGAAAACGAGAAACUGAUGUGUCUGGCAUGGAGGACUUCCUUCAGCUGCCCGAUGACUAUGCCAGUCGCAUGUCUGAACCUGGCAAAAAGAGGGUGCGCUGGGCUGAUCUUGAAGAGAAGAAGGAUGCCGACAGAAAGCGCGCUAUUGGUUUUGUAGUCGGUCAGACAGACUGGGAGAAAAUCACGGAUGAGAGCGGCCAGCUUGCUCAGAGAGCUCUUAACCGCACCAAGUAUUUUUAGGAGAUUUUGUAAUGACAUUUGUACAGCAUUUAUGGUCACCAGUUCAUGAAAUUCUUCAUUUCCAAAGUGUACUGCCUGAUGAAGAAAGAGCAUCGUCUCUUCAGAAACUGGCGAUUAGUUGUUGGUCGAUCCUGUAGUACACGCAGUGGCCUUCAUAUAAUAUCUGGUGUAAUGUAAUCCCAAUCUUAUUUUAAUAGGUUAAGCAUUGUGUGUGGUUUUGUGUCAGUGGUCCAUAUGAUUGUAGGUGAUAUCCUUACUUUCUUUAUUUUUAUUCCAUAGAUCUAAUGUGUUUGGGCCUGAAAUAUUCUUGUAGUUCACACACAUGUACACACUCAAUAAAGCUUACAAAAGAA